AUGGACUACGACAGGUUGAAGGAGAGAUAUUCGAAAUUUCUGUCCAAACGAGAUGAACGACGGGAGUUGGUGUCGUUUUGGGACGGCGAUUUGCCAAGUAAGGAUCUAAUCUGUUUGGAGGCCGGGAUGCCCAACGAGAAAUUGUUCCCAAUUAAAGCCAUCGAUUUACAUUUGGUCGAUCAGCCGUUUGAUGACGGGGAUGGCGACAAGGUGUCGAUAACACGGUAUGAACAGCCUGCUGAGAUGCCGAUUGCCAGGGCGUUCCAGUACUCGGAGGUCAGGGGCAUGCUGCCGAUGGUCAGUUUCUGCAAGAGAAUCGUGGAAAUGACUAACCGGCCGGUUUACGAUAAUUGGGACGUUUUAUUGUCGAACGGGUCGAGCGACUCGAUGUUUAAGGUGUUCGAAACGUUGUGCGACGAGUCGAGCACGGUGCUGAUGGAGGAGUUUACCUUCUCGCCCGUAGUUUCGAACGUCACGUCUACAGGCGCCAGUUGCGUUCCGCUGAAGAUGCAUCUCACGACGGACCCGCGGGACCAGGGGAUUGAUGUCGAGUACAUGGAGCAGCUUCUGGACAAUUGGCACGAGCUCGAGGAGUACAAGCGGCUGAACAAGCCCAAGUUGCUCUACACUAUAGUCACGGGCCAGAACCCGACGGGGAUGACGCUUUCGAUGCAGAAAAGACAGCAGAUCUACCGAUUGGCGCAGAAACACGAUUUGAUCAUUGUAGAGGACGAUCCCUACGGAUAUCUCACCUUCCCACCGUACGAUCCGGAGAACCCGAUGAAGAACGUCUACACAGACACCGAAAACCCGAUGUCCAUCGACGAGUAUCUGCAGAAACGGCUGAUCAAGUCUUUUCUGACGCUGGACACGGACGCCAGGGUGAUUCGUCUGGAGACCUUCUCCAAGAUGUAUGCGCCGGGGCUGCGUCUCAGCUUCAUCGUGGCGAACAAGUUCAUCAUCGACAGGCUGCUGAAUCUCUCGGAGAUCACCACGAGGGCUCCAAGCGGUGCGUCGCAGGCAAUAGUGUACGCGACGGUCAAGGCAAUGGCGGCCCGCGAGACAGCGUACCAAGACGAACAAGACCGGAUGUUCUACGGCUGGAUCAGGUGGGCCAUGAAGCUCGCCGGAACCUACACACACCGUCGAAACGUUGCAUUCAAGGCUCUGUACGAGACCGAUGCGUACAAGAGCCAUCUUUUCUCCGUGCUCGAGCCCUCCGCCGGCAUGUUCAUCAACGUCAAGAUCAACUGGCCACACGCGCCCCCCGAUGACAUGAGGCGCUCGCUGGACCAGCUGGAUACGGUCUUGGUCAAGAACGGCGUCAAGGUUGUCCUCGGGUACAAGCUUGCGGUCGACCAGAGCUUCUCCAUCGACUCAAGUGGGUUUCUCAGAUUCACGGUCGCGUACGCAAGCCAUGACGAGCAACUGAUCGAGGGCUGCCACCGGAUCGGCAACGGCAUCCAGGAAUUCCUGGGCUAUUGA